GGGAAGGUGGAUUGUUUGUUGGAUGCUCUCUGCAGAGCCUUAUGGGCCAGGGCCUAAAAGCUGGUGCUGGUUGCCUAGCAACGAAAGGGGCCUGUAGUAAUUCUGCCGGGAAACUCAUGUGGGUGGGGCGGGUAUUUUUUUGCUCGGCUUUUGGGGUCUUCUAGAACUGGUCUUCACAGGCUGCAGCAGAAUGAAGUGGUAGAGACCUGGCUGGGGUUGUGUAUAGAGUGGACUGCACCACUUAAAGGCUGCAGGUGGGGACAACACCACGUUUCUGAAUGGCAGAGAAACUUCCGAAAAACUAAUUGCACACAAUAAUUCCAAAAAACUAAUUCCACACAAUGAACUUUCCUCUCUUCCUGGAUAUUGCUCACUCAUUACUGGAGAGCUGACUCAAACCUUUGUGAUGUGAAAGCAUAAAGAACUUUUGAAAGUAUCAAAUCUGCCCAAAUGGAGAAUCUCUUUAUUUUUCUCCAGCAGAUGUACAACGAUAUGCUGACAGGUACCCUGUUCGCCAAAGAUAGUUGUGAGUGUGCCGUGCUUCUCGAUCCUUCUGUUGCACCGCAACGCUUGUUGACAGAAACCAAUGCAUCUUGUAGCAAAACCUGCCUAUUUUCUCCUACGCUUGGUGCGUGUGGUUCUUCUGCCCCUGACGCUAUGGCUCCCAAGAUAAAAAAUAAACAUGAUACAUCUGAAAAUGCGAGCUGUUUGGUAUGCCAUCCACGGAAAAUAGUGUUGCUUCAGUUAACCUUGAUCAAGAUGAUGCUCGCCAAAGUGCAGUCCCGAGGUGUAGAAGUUGGAACAAAACAGAAAUAUCUCGACAUAAUUGGAAGUCUUCUGAAAGAAGCCAACAUUGAUUCAAAAUUAAUUCAGCUGUUAUGCACUUCUGAUAAACUGCUCUCCCACAUGGCUUCCAAGACUUUAGUCUCCCUCGUGCAUUUUCAGCUAACAGAAGAGGGUUCACUGAAUAGCAUCUGGUUGUCUUUUUGUUCAGAGACUCUGUCACAAUUCCCCCAGAGCGGGCAGACAGCAGAAUGCCUGUGGACUCUCACAAACAUAACUGGAGAAAUCCUUAAAGGAGAAAACCUGUGCAAAGGAGAUGAACUGAAGAAGCUUUUUACUCCACUUGACAACGUGCUUGAAGGCUUUUACAACGGCAUUAUGUCUCAUCCUGGUGUUCUGCACGGCACUUCUGCAUCUGCAAAACCCACAAAUGGCUUGAUCAGUUUCCUGGAUCUCCUUGAACUACUUGUGGCCUCCAGAAGCCAAACACAGUUAAGCUUUGCCUGCCAGAGGAUGCUGUUUCAGAAUGCUGCCUGUGUGUUGGGCCUCACCACCUCUCCUGUUCACAGUUUAAUCAAGAAGAAAUCUAUCCUGCUGCUGAAAAGAUGCAUUCUUCACAAAGCUGGUGAAGACCUCAUAAAAGGAAGGGAGCCCCCUUCCUCCCUCCUAGACCCUCAUUUUGACCAGGAUAGAUUAACACUUGCCAGUGCUGUGCUGCAGUUUGUGAAUUCUGGCUGGCUGAAUCGAUUGCCCGUCCGUGAAGAGGCCAGCCACUUUGCAGGGAGUCAACUUAGGCCUGAAGUAGCGAUGCAAAGUGGUCCUGACCAAGUGACCCUGAGAGCUGUAAGUCUGAUCCUGCUUAAAGCCUUAGAGGUCAAAAUCCAGGAUUCGGCCACCAAAGCUGAAGCCCAAGUUCACCUGGAGAGUGUGAUGCACUCCUUGCUGAUUUUCUUAAAGAAGUAUCUGAGACCUCCUCCCGGUGUUGGUCUGCUCGAACACCCCUGCACGUGGCUUUCUGUGCUCUUUAUUGAACAAGACGACGACAUGUUGGAAGCUGCGAAAGCCCUCCUAACCGUGCAUUUGAAGUUGGAGAGGUUCUGGCGUGAAGUUAGCUUUGCCUCGUGCUCUUCAGACGAAGGAAUCUGGGACACUCUGACACAUCGGAAUGGCUGCAACCCCCACUGUGUCUUUUUAUUUCUGCUCAGAAGCAUCGCAUUUGAUGUGACGGUUCUUCUCGACUUCUUAAUUUCCUCCGAAACCUGUUUCCUGGAGUAUUUUGUGAGGUACUUAAAACUCCUUCUAGAAGACUGGCCCCACUUUGUCAAAAUCUCUAAAUGCUUCAAACCCGAACCCCUUAGAGUUCUCAACUUUUCUCUGGAGAGCCUGUCCAAGCAAGGGGAAAAAACCCUCCCAUCUGGCCCCACUUUGCAGAGUGCUUCGUACGAUCGGCUGUCCUGCCCUACAGCACUUUUGACCUUUCCCCAGAAUUGUUCUUUACUGCGGCGAUAUGAUAGUCAAGCUGUAAAACCUGGCAGUUCUGACCAUUUGAGAGUGUCUGAUAAGACGUCUUCAAUUGAGCCCCUUCAAAGACUGGUUGAUUAUGAAAGCUCAGAGGAUUCUGAGGGAGAAUGGAUAGGAGUGGAGUGUUUGACAGAUAGGAAACAGACGUCUUCAGCCCAUCAAGCCUGCACAGAGAGAACUGUCUCUCUGGCCAGGGGUGACCAAGCAGAAACCUCUGGGCAAAAUGUGUUGCCUCCUGAUCAAAACAGCUCAAAUACUUCAUCACUCUCGCACUGCAGUGUGUCCCCGAGCGACCCCGGAUCAGGGGAAGCGGUGCUUGAGAAAUCCGUGGAGUGUUUCCGAGCACUGCACGGAUCCAUUUCUAGGCUCCAGAGAAGAAACCUCUUUCCGUACAAUCCAGGGGCGCUCCUGAAGCUCUUGACUCGUGUGGACGCGAUUAGUCGAGAGCACCGAUCCACUCCAGAGCCUGUAGAUGGGCAGGACCUGCCCCUCCACUCUUUCCACCCCGCUCUCUAGUUCAAAACACUUUUCCACAGGAUUAAAUGGGAGUGAAACCUGUGGUUGGAGGCAUGAUCCUCGGGGCUUGCCUGUGUCAUUAAAAGCUGGUUGGACUGGCUGUGGACUGCUGGCUCUGUGUAAUUACAAAUCUAUUGAUGCGUUUAACUUUGGGAAAGCUGGGGUGGGCAAUACUGUUGUCCAUGGGUUUGUAUAACUUGGGCUUUGGGGGAUUUUUUUAUAUAGAUAGAUAUUGUGUGUGUUUGUGUGUCUGAGUGUGUGUGUGUACGUGCGCGCGCGCACACACACACACACACACACACACACACGCGCGUGCUCUCUACGUACCCAAGGAGCUCUUCUCUGUAUUUAUUAUUUUAAUUUAAUUUUAUUUUUUACACUUAUAUUUCACUCUCCCUCCAAGGAGCUCAGGUACAUGGCUUUUAUUUAAAAAAAAAAUAAAAAAAAAUCCUAUGAA